CAAAGAGAGGCGAAGAAUUUCCAACUCCGACUGUUGUUGGUCGCACCGGAUAAAAUUCGGUAGACUGCGAUUUGUACGCCGACAACAACUUUCAGACUGCAAAUAUCGACGUGAACAUUUCAAAAACAAGGCGGCAACACAUCGACAGCCGCUUUUCAUCCAGUGCACCUUACAGCACGGUAUCUGCCUUGGUUCCCGCAUAGAUGGUCUCAUAGGAGCCUCGCCGGCGUUGCAGUCCCGCACCACGUACACAUCUCGACUGCAUCUCAAGUCUGGGCUGAACACCUUCACUCACAAUGCCUGCUCCCGCAGGAACUAAGCGCGUCCGUGGCGUACAGAUCUACCGCCCUUUCACUUACGGUACCGAAGCCAUCCCUUUCGACCCUGAGAAUCGCCCGAAAGAUGCACCGCCCGAUCACACACAUAGGUGGAAAGUCUUCGUUCGCGGGGUUAACAAUGAAGAUAUCUCAUACUGGCUGAGAAAGGUCCAAUUCAAACUACACGACACGUACGCAAACAGCGUGCGAAUGAUCGAAAGCCCGCCUUUUGAGGUCGAGGAGACAGGCUGGGGUGAGUUCGAAAUUGCGAUCAAGUUCUACUUCGCGCCCGAAAGUACCGAGAAGCCCCAGCAAAUCUGGCACGGCCUCAAGUUACACCCAUACUACGGAGAUGUCGAGCAGCAGAAGCGGGAUAGGUCCAUGGUCACUAGUGUCUGUUACGAAGAAGUCCUCUUCAACGAGCCGGUUGAAGCGUUCUAUGACCUUUUGACUGGGGGUGCACAAGUGACCAAGUCCAAAGGAGGCAAAGGCGCCAAAGGUCAGAUCAAAGCGCCACCAACUGCCGAGAUCCCUCUGAAGAGCAGCGGAGCAAACAAAUUCAGCAAAGAAGAAGAAAACAAAGAACUUGAUCGGCUAGGUGAAGCGGUGAAACAAGUGCAGAAACUGAUUGCAGAAGAGAAGACCAAACUGGUCAGCGAGGAGGCAAAGCUGCAGGAGUUGGAAAAGACCGAGGGAAAGCCAAUCAAGAAGAAGUGAGCACGGAUUGUGAAAUCCUGCUUCGAGGGUCAUAUAUCGAU